CUCUCUGGCGUCUUCUGUGUGUAUCUUUCUCUCUCGCACACACCGUCGUUGUUGCAGCAGCAGCGUGUGCAUGAAGGGGUGUCUUGCCCUCUGCUACACAGUAACCCAUUCUACAGGCAUGGUGAGCGUUCGAGUGCGUUCCGGCCCCAUCUUACCAUCGGAGCCUUAUACCGUCGCGUGUGGCGCUCUGUUCCUUGCCGUUCCUACUGCUUCGAUUGGUGGUGCUGCUGCUACUGCUACUGCUACUGCUACUACUACGCUCUCCUGCGUCGAAAGGCUGCGUGCGUGUGUAUACGGCACACAACACGAAAACAAAUAGGACUCUGGUGCGUGUGCGUACGUGUGUGCGUUUGUGGAGCAGACAGGAAGGCAGGACAGAUUGACUGAUGACUACUAGUGCUAGUGGCUAGAGAGGUGGCUGCUGCUGCUGCUCCGUCCCGUCCCUUACUGGACUGACACAGAAGGCAUCUAGCGCUGAAUGCUGGAGUGCAAUAGUGCGCGGUGGUGAGUAGCGAAUGGUUGACAAACGAAGUGGUGGAGCCUGCCUCUAGAGACACGUUCCUGGCUGGCUGGCUGGAGAGAGCGAGCUACCUACCGGGCUCCUGGCUCCUGCUGCUGGUUCCUCGCCCGCCGUUCCGUGAAGGGCCGCCUCUAAGUCUCUAAGUGCUCCACUCCAGCCGCCAACAGCAGUCUCAGUGUGUGCGUGUGCGUGUGUGCGUGUGUGUGUGUGCGAAGGACCCCCACCGGUUUUGAUUCCGGGCCUGUCGAACCGAUCAAACAGAACAGACCAACGACAAUAACAACCACAACAACAACCAGCACAUCAACAACAAGCAACAAACAAAAAAACAACACACGGAGACAGUGCGCGCCGCCAUUCAACCGAGCCGCGACCCGUGCCCCCGAGGCCCUGACCACCACCACCACCAACCACUACCACUCUUCCUCUGGACACCGUUAGUGGAUUGUUGUGGACGCGUGUGGCGUGACCGCGGAACGCGCUAAGAGUCAGAAUGCAGAUACAGCACGUCCGGGACCUGUGCGCCAUACCGGGUGCGGCGGCCGAGCUCAACUGUACGGGCGAUAUACUGUCGGUGCAGAACCUGCUGCCGCAGCUAGCGGCACCGGAAAACAAGCCGCACCAGUGCCAGCAGUGCUUGAAGAGCUUCUCCUCCAACCACCAGCUGGUGCAGCACAUCCGUGUCCACACCGGCGAAAAACCCUACAAAUGUUCCUACUGUGAUCGGAAGUUCAAGCAGCUUUCCCACGUGCAGCAGCACACGCGACUACACACCGGUGAACGCCCGUACAAGUGCCAUCUGCCGGAUUGUGGGCGCGCAUUCAUCCAGCUGUCCAACUUGCAGCAGCAUCUGCGCAAUCACGAUGCGCAGGUCGAGCGGGCGAAGAGCCGCCCGUUCCACUGCAACCUGUGCGGCAAGGGUUUCGCCACCGAGUCCAGCCUCCGGACGCACACCUCGAAGGAGCUGCAGCUGCAUCUGGGCGUGCUGCAGCAGCACGCGGCCCUCAUCAGCAACUCGAACAGCGUCACCUGCAACGUGUGCAGCAAGAUCUUCCUCGGUGUCGAGGCCCUGAACGAGCACAUCAAGUACACGCACAAGGAAGUGGCGGUGAAGCGCCGCGUCGCGAACCAUCCGUGCCCGAUGUGCGGAAAGCACUACGUGAACGAGGGCUGCCUGCGGAAACACCUGCUGACGCACCCGCGGACGCCAUCGUUCCGCUCCAACCUCCAGAUGUGGCCCUGCUCGGUGUGCCAGGCAGUGUUCACGCACGAGUCCGGGCUCAUCACGCACAUCGAGCAUAUGAAGAUGGACCCAAAGCAUCAGUUCGCGGCCCAGUACAUGUUCACCAAGGCGGUCGUGGAGCAGCGCGAAAAGGAAUCCGCCGGUGCCGCUGGUGGUGGUGGUGGUGGAGGUAGUAGUGGUGUUCUCGGUGCCGGCGGUACCGGCACCGUCGGUGGGCUGGUCGGUAUGGGUGGCGUAGCCUGCCUGUCCAGCUCGGCGAUGGUGGCGGUCAAGGAGCUGACGCACAACAGCAUAUCGCCGCUCAACUACUCGGAGAACUCGUCUACCAUGGGCUCGGAGAAGAACGGUGAAGGCGGAGGAGGAGGAGGUGGUGGUGGAGGUGGAGGUGGAGGCACCACUAGCAACGCUGGCGGCGGAUCGGGCGCUAGCGUGUUCGACAAUCACCGGCUAGCGAAUCCGCACGGGUUGCAGUUUGGCAGCGGGACCGGUAGCAACGCCGGUACCGGCAACCACAACAACAACAACAACGGUGCCGGCAGUAGUAGUAGUGGCGGCGGCGGUGGCAUUAGCGGUAGUGGUGGCACCGGUAGUGGCGGCCUGGCGGACGGACCGCUCGGUUGCGGGGGGAACGCCAUUAUGGAGAACAAUAAUAGUCAAUUUUCGCGCAUGAUGAUGAUACAGGAACCGAAGUUCGAGCCGGAUCUGAUGCUACCGGCGGAUGGUACACCGUCGGCGGUGCAGGCGGCCGUCGUCAACCUGGCGACGGCCAUGCGCAUCGGCCAGACGUUCAAGAACAGCUCGAUGCACGGUGGCGGUGGCGAUCUGCACGGUAACGCGAACCUUGCUAACCGUCAAACCUAUCCCGUGGCGUCUACAGAGUCCUCGCUCGGGCAGAACCACUGUCCGGCCACCUCGGAGACGGCGAUCCGGAUCCAGCAGGCCGAGGCGAUCCUGCGCUCGCAGGCCGAGGCCGCCCUGCGGUUGGCCGUCUCGCAGGCGCAGGCCGUCGUCUCGUCGAACGCGGGCAUCGGUGCCGGGGGAGGAGGCAGCGGCGGUGGCGGUGGCGUCGGUGGCGGCGGCGGCGGCCCUGGCGGUGGCAUCGGUAGCGGUAUUAUGGGCGGCAGCGGCAUUGGGGGCGUUGGUGGGGGCGGUGGCCUGCCCCUCGGUAGCCUGUUUGGCCACAACCACCCGCACGGCAUCGGUGGUAGCGGUAGCAGCGGUAUAGGUGGUGUGGGUGGGGCCGGACUUCUCGGUCGGUGCCACGAUGAUACCCGCUCCAACGACAACUGCGGCCCAUUCGAUCCGAACGGUGAGCAUUUACGGGCGGCCAUGCGCGAACACCAUCACCAUCAACAGCAACACCAGCAAGCUAACGACGACUGUCACCCAUUCUCUCACAGCCCGGUACAACGUAAUGGCUUAGACUUAACCGACGAGUUCCUAAAGAGUGAAAACGUGCUGAAGGGAUGAGCCUAGAAGGGAUACGGCCUGGGGGGGAGGGGGAGGGCACUUUACUACGUGAACUAAACACACACACACACACACACACACACACACACACACACACACACAACACACAACACACAACACACACAUACACCUAGGGAAGAAAGAACCGCUCCUUUCGGAGGAGGAGGCAUACGCUGGGAGGCGCCCUUUGCAUCACCAGGACCCAGGAACGAAUGGACCGGGAGCGGGAACACAACGAUGGCCAUGGGAGGGUGCAGAAGCGCGGGGAGCGUCUCCGCUGUCGACCGUUUUUUUAGGUGAAGGCCCGGGGCCAGGCCAGCAAAAUGCGACCACGACCAGCAGCAGGAAACUGAAAUGAGGGGAAAAGGGGGGUUCACAAACACACACGGACACACUUCACAAACACACAUACACACACGGACACACGGAAUACAUAAAACACACGCGCGACACCACCAGAUGUAACAAAUAUUUUUUUCAUUAAAUUUAUAUAAGAACCUAAAGAAAAGCAAAACGGCAGAGAGAGAGAGAGGGAGAGAAAACAGAAAAAAACGAAAAACAGAGGAAAACUAACGGGACUUGAUGUGUGAAUUGAUAAAUAACUCGAAUUACAUUUAAAAAAAACUAUUUAAAAGAAAACGAAAAGGGAGGGCAGCAGGAAGAGAAACAAACAUUUGCAAACAGAAACAGAAUUGGAA